UUUUCCUUCUGAGACUUAAGUCGAAGACGACGUCACGGUCAGCAGCAGUUGGUGCAGCCGCCGCCGCCCGGAUGAUCCUGACGCUGCUGCUCGGCCUCGGGGGGCCCCUGGGCUUGGGGCUGCUGGGGGCCUCGGCGCAGGCCGCAGGGAGCGGGGGCUCGGAUCCGCCCAGCCCUCGGCCCCCUGGGGCCUGGACGGCAGAGGCUGAGGACCCCAGCGGGGACCCCGGCAGACGUAACUGGUGCCCUUACCAGGAGUCCAGGCUGGUGACCUUUGUAGCCGCUUGCAAAACAGAGAAAUUCCUCGUCCACUCGCAGCAGCCAUGCCCGCAGGGGGCUCCGGACUGCCAGAGAGUCCGAGUCAUGUAUCGCGUGGCCCACAAGCCGGUGUACCAGGUCAAGCAGAAGGUGCUGGCUUCCGUGGCCUGGAAGUGCUGCCCUGGCUUUGCGGGCCCUGACUGCCAGCACCACGAUCCCACGGCUACCCCUGAGCCUGAGGACCCAGGUGACGGCCUGCAGGAGCCUUGGGACGGGCCCGUCGCCUUGGAACCUGGCCCGGGGAGGCAGGCCUGGACGUUUGUCUCCGUGUCUCCAGGCCAGCGGGCUGCGGAGCUGAGCCAUGUCCUGGGGCAGCAGGGGCGCCUGCUGGAGGACCUCCAGAAUGACCUUCACCAGGUGGCAGACGGCCUCCCGGGCCUGUGGAAGGCCCUGGAAAGCAACCUCACAGCCGCUGCGAUGGAGGCGAAUCAGACGGAGCCCGAGGUUCCCAGCACAUCCUUGGAGCAGGUGCUGCCACUGCACCUGGAUGCCUUCCUGCAGGUGCAUUUCAGCCCCACCUGGAGGAGCGUCAACCAGAGCCUGCAUGGCCUCUCCCAAGCCCUGAGAAACCUGUCUCUGGACGUGGAGGCCAACCGACAGGCCAUCAGGGGAGUCUGGGAGAGCGCGGUGGCCAGGGCUGACUUCCAGGAGCUCGGCGCCAAAUUUGAGAGCAAGGUCCAGGAGAAUGCGCAGAGGGUGGCGCAGCUGCGGCAGGACGUGGAGGAGCGGAUGCACGCCCAGCAGCUCUCCCUGCAGCAGUCGCUCUCCGAGGUCCAGGCGGAUGUGGACGCCAAGGUCAAGAGGGCCCUCAGGGCCCAGGAGCCCAUGGGGGCAGCGGCCAGGCCCGAGCCCGAGAGCCUGCAGGCCAGGCUGGGCCAGCUGCAGAGGAACGUGUCGGCGCUGCACGCGGCGGCUGGCCGCAGGGACGCAGAGCUGCAGGCCACCCUGGCAGACAUGGGGGCCACCCUGGCGCAGCAUGCCGAUGAGAUCAAGGAGCUGUACUCCGAGUCCGACGAAACCUUCGAGCAGAUCAGCAGGGUGGAGCGGCGGCUCGGGGAGCUGCAGGUAAACCACACGGCGCUGCGCGAGCUGCGCAUCGCCCUCAUGGAGAAGUCGCUGAUCCUGGAGGAGAACAGGGAGGAGGUGGAGCGGCAGCUGCUGGAGCUCAACCUCACCGUCCAGCAGCUGCAGGGCAGCCACGCCGACCUCGCCAGGUACGCCAAGGACUGCACCUGCCAGGAGCUCCCCACAGGCCUGGACGGCAUCCCCGACGACCUGGGCGAGCGCCCCCAGCCCGAUGGCUCAGAGCUGCGGGCCCUGAGCAGCUCAGUGGCGGCGCUGGCCCGCGCGGUGGCCGCGCAGCAGGAGGAGGGCGAGCGCACGCGGGCGGAACGGGCGCGGCUGCGGAGCGCGCUGCGGGCCCUGGACGGCGAGGCGCGGGCGCUGCAGGAGGCGCAGGCUGAGGUGCAGCGGGAGCUGGGCCGGCUGCGCAGCCACUUCGCGGCCCUGCUGGACGACGCACUGCGCCACGAGGCCGCGCUGGCCGCGCUCCUGGGGGACGACAUGGCCGAGCGGCUGGCCGAGGACCCGGCUGCGCUGCCUCUGCGCUACGAGCACAUCGUGGCCACCCUGCGCGACGCCGCCGCCGGGCUGCAGGAGCAGGCGCUGGCCUGGGGCGCGCUGGCCGCGCGGGUGGACGCGCUGGAGGCCGUUGGGGCGGCGGGGCUGGCGCGAGAGCUGCAGCGCCUGGACGCCGACCUGGACCGCGUGGCCGGCUGCUGCGGGCCCGCCGGGAACGCCACCCUCCGCGCCACCGUUGAUGGCCUGGGCCAGGCGCUGGCCGCCACCAGGGGCGACCUGCAGCAGCACCAGCGCCUCUUCCACAGCCUCUUUGGCAACUUCCAAGGGCUCCUGGCGGCCAACGUCAGCCUGGACCUGGGACAGCUGCAGGCCAUGCUGAGCCGGAAGGGGAAGAGGCAGAAAGGGCUGGACGGCACCCGCAGGAGGGACAGGAAGCAAGCGGAGCCUGGGGCGGACGAGCCCGCCAGAGGGCCGGUGCUGGGGCAGGCAGGCUCCCCCGCGGCCUUCUACGCCAGCUGCUCAGGAGGCACCGCGGCCCCGCAGACCGUCAAGUUCAACACCACGCAUGUCAACGUGGGCGGCAGCUACUUCCCGGAUCACGGCUACUUCCUGGCCCCCGAGCGCGGCGUCUACCUGUUCGCCGUGAGCGUGGAGUUCGGCCCCGGGCCGGGCAGCGGGCAGCUGGUGUUCGGGGGCCGCCGCCAGACCCCCGUGGGCUCCCCGGAGGAUGGCAGGGCGGCCGGCACGGCGACGGCCUUCGCGCUGGCCGAGCUGCAGCGCGGCGAGAGGGUGUGGUUCGAGCUGACCCGGGGGUCGCUGAGGAGCAGGAGCCCUGCGGCCUCGGCCUUCGGGGGGCUCCUGGUGCUCAGGACCUGAAGGCCGCCCGCCCGGGGCGCCGCAUGGGGCCUGCUGAGCUGCGGGGCCUGGAGGUGACGGUGUGGAGAGGAGCCCGAGCGCCGCCCGGCGGCCCCGGGUGCGGGGAGCAUGGACCCGCGCGACGCCCACUCCGGGGGUCCUGCCCGCCCUCGGCUGCUCUCCCGUGGCUGCGACCUCUAAACCCCCUGCCGCCGCCUCCCCCUCAUCCUCCCCAGGAGGAGUACGUUAUGCUGGAGGUGACACUGGGGACGACACCGGGAGCCCGUCCCCCCACCUCGGGGCAGCGGGGCAGCGGCCGGCGGCGCCUCUGCUGGGAAUGGGCCUGAGGCCUGCUCGAGUUACCAGGGAAGAGAAUCCCCCCCCCGCCCCCGCUGCCCUUAGUUCUGGUCCUUCCCUAGUUUCUCUGUGACCUUCGCUUCCCGUCUUGUCCUCCCUGGUCCACAGGGUGGAGGCCGCCACCUGCCCAGCAUGACCCGGAGCGAGCACAACCGUGCCCUGGUGGCCGUCCCGAGCCUCACGAGCGCCUGUCACCGGGAGGGGGGCCGAGGGGGGAAGUGAAGGCCGCGUGUCCAGAUCUCCCCGUCACGACCCGCCUGGAAUAAAGCACUGCCCUCCGAA